AGCGAUGAAUAUAAGAUAGGAAAAAAAUGAAAAUAAAAUUUAAAAGCCACUAAGCCAGCAACCAAAACAGCUAGCCAAAAGACCAAAAGAACCCUCUCUUCUCUGCUCUGUCUUUCAAAGGCUCUCUUCUUCUGUUCUCUUAAGUGGUACUGUUCUUACUUGUUUGUUCCUUUUUUUUUUAUUAUUAUUAUUAUCGCACAAUCUCAUCUUCACAGAUUCGUCCUCUUCUCGAUCCCCCAACUUCAAUCAUGAGUGACGAUGGAGAAAAGACCUGCCCCCUUUGCGAGGAGGAGAUGGAUUUGACUGAUCAGCAACUCAAGCCUUGCAAAUGUGGUUACGAGAUAUGUGUUUGGUGUUGGCAUCACGUAAUGGAUAUGGCUGAGAAGGAUGACACAGAGGGGAAGUGUCCAGCAUGUUGUAGAGCUUAUGAUAAAGAAAGGAUUGUAGGCAUGGCUGCUAAUUGUGAGAGGCUGGUUGCUGAAAUUAGUUUGGAAAGAAAAAUGAAGUCACAGAAGGCAAAGGCUAAAUCAUCUGAAGGAAGGAAGCAACUGAGCAGUGUGCGAGUUAUUCAAAGGAAUCUUGUUUACAUAGUUGGCUUGCCACUUAAUCUGGCAGAUGAAGAUCUUCUCCAACAUCGAGAAUAUUUUGGUCAAUAUGGUAAAGUUCUAAAAGUAUCUAUGUCUCGGACUGCAGCUGGUGUCAUUCAGCAAUUUCCAAACAAUACGUGUAGUGUAUAUAUUACAUACUCAAAAGAAGAGGAAGCAAUUCGAUGUAUCCAGUCUGUACAUGCGUUUGUUUUGGAGGGUAGACCAUUAAAGGCAUGCUUUGGUACAACAAAGUAUUGUCAUGCAUGGCUGAGAAAUGUGCCAUGCACCAAUCCUGAUUGUCUAUAUUUGCAUGAGUUUGGUUCUCAAGUGGAUAGUUUCACCAAAGAUGAGAUUAUAUCAGCAUACACAAGGGUUCAACAAAUAACUGGUGCAACAAACAAUAUGCAAUGGCGUGCUGGAAAUAUGUUACCUUUGCCAGUGGAUGAUUAUUGCCCCAAUAGUUCUGCUUCUGCAGCAAAACCUAUUGCUAAAAAUGCUCCAAAUAAUACAACAGUGAACAUUCCUAAAGGUUCUCCCCCAAAUGGGAGCUCUAGUAGAUCUCUUGCUCUUCCGGCUGGAGCAUCAUGGGGAAUGCGGGCUUUAAACCAGCCACAAUCGGCCGGCUUAAUGUGUUCAAAUGGACCUUCUAAGCCGAAAUCUGAUAUAGUUAGCAGCACGUUACCAUUUUCAUCUGCAAUAACAAACACAAAUCAGGUUUGCACAUUACAUGGUGAUGCUAUAAAGAAGCCAUCUGAGGUGAAUCAUGCUAUGCAUAUGAAGGGUAAACCUGAUUUGUUAAAACCUUUGAAACAAAAUAGCGGUUUAGAAUGUCAAACUACCGCACUACAGAAACCUACUUCACCCGAUGGAGUUUCUGCUGCUAAAUCAUUGAGCAGCCAGUUGUCAUGUCCACUGGCAUCCAAUCAUAAUAACCAGGGUGCUAAUAUACCAUCAACUGUUACAAGUUCCACCAUUGACCAUGCUGGGCAAUCUUUUAUUUCCUCUAGUGAGAAAGUGAGGAGUGCAUCCUUUGGGGAUGAGAAGAUGCAGAGCUUGUGCUCUGAUAUGUCAACUUUGGCCUUAGAUAGGAAUGUCUUGGAUGGACAUUCUGAUGUAGUUAAACCAAGCAGUUCCGCUUCUGACCAUGGAUCAAGCAGCUCACCUAGUAGUCAGGGGUUACAACAAUGUUAUAGUAAGCACUAUCGAGAACCUUUAAGUUCACCAGCCACUGGGAGAUAUGUGACAUCUCCCAAUGGGGUGUGUGUUUCAAAAAAGCAGUCUGAUUGGAGAACUGAUACACAAACUCAAGUAGUGGCAAAUACAAGUUCUGAAGUAGAGAAAGACAUAUUGUCUUUUGAUAAUCAAAGACUCAAAGAUCCAGAAGUAAAUAGCCGUUCGAGUUAUGUGCCAAAUUCACCAAUUUCACACCAUUUAUCAAAUCAUUCUAGGUCCCAUUCUUUGCUACAUAGUGAGACUUUUGGUGCUGUUAAUUUGAAUUCUGAUACUCUCUUUGUAGAUAAUAAAGCUAGUGACAGUUUGCAUCUUCAUGGAUCUAGUGUUUUUUCUUUAUCAAAUGGAUACCCUGUGAAGUACAUAAGCAGUAGUAUUGGUUCGGAUUUUACCACAGAAGGUUCCCUUCUGCUUUCAAAUGAAGGGAAAGGAAAGCAGAUGGGAAGAUUCCGUUGUAAUGCUGAAGGCAAUGAUGUCAAAGAUACAGGAGAGAGCAGCAUAAUUUCAAGCAUAUUAUCGCUAGAUUUUGAUACAUGGGAUGAGUCCUUAACUUCACCUCAGACCCUGGCUAAAUUGUUUGGGGACACUGACAAGGAGCCCGAUUCUCUCAAAUUAUCUAGUUCCUCGAAAGCACAGAAUAAUAAUCAGUCCAGAUUCUCAUUUGCAAGACAGGAGGAUUCUAAAUAUUAUCCAUUUGAUGUUGAGUCCUCAUUUAGUGCUUUUGGGCAAAUGCCACAGAACCAGCCUUCUAGCCAAGAGUUUGCAGAGAGCAGGGAUAUCUAUCUAAAUAAGUUUGGAAUUUCUAAUGGUUUUUGUUCCGGUAACUUUGAGGAAUCUGACAAUUUUACCAAUCCUUCAGUUUUCUCUUCUAAUAAUCUUUCUGCAGUUUCAGGAGCUCAAAUUUCAGCCCCACCUGGAUUCUCUGUUCCUAGCAGGGCACCACCUCCAGGCUUUGCAUCUCACGAGAGAGUAGACCCUGCCUUUGACACCGUAUUUGGAGAUCAUUUGAUGGACUCUUCGUCCCUGUUAAGAAAUUCUUAUCAGGCUCCAGCAAGUGGUCGUAUUGGUGGCCCUGGGGAUAUAGAAUUUAUGGAUCCAGCAAUUUUGGCAGUUGGGAAGGGUAGACUUAAGGGAUGGCUCAACAAUUUAGGCUUAGACAUGAGAUCAAAUUUUCCACCACAGUUAGGUCCCUAUGAAAAUGAGGCCAGAUUUCAACUAUUGAUGCAGAGAUCUCUUUCUCCGCAUCAGAACCUAAGAUGUGAUGUUGGGGAUAGCUUUUCUUCUCUUAAUGAUUCUUAUGGAAUUCCUUCUAGGCUAAUGGAUCAAUCACAAGUGAACAAUAUGUCCCCAUUUGCACAGUUGUCUCUCCAACAGUCAAGGAAUUCACAUGUAUCAAAUGGUCAUUGGGAUGGAUGGAAUGAUGUUCAGGGUGGAAGCAAUCUUGGUGUGGCAGAGCUCCUCAGAAAUGAGAAACUGGGAUUUAACAAGCUUUAUUCCGGUUAUGAAUAUUCAAAGUACAGGAUGCCCACUUCGGGUGAUCUGUAUAACAGAACAUUUGGGAUGUGAUUGUUGUUGCAAUCGAGUUUUCACUCAAUGGCAAUGCUAUUCUAAGAAGUAGAACGAUUUUGUUCAAAUUUGGUUGCAUGUGAGGAUGGAAUGUUGACUUGUAACUGGUCUCAUUGGGCUGCUCAUGAAGGAUCAAACUGCCGAUAAUUUGGGCCAAAAAGCCAGUGUUUGCAAACGAGCAGGUAAAUGAGGAAAUAUUUCACAGUUAUUAUUAUUUUUUCUGCUUGCCUGUUGUGUCUGCACUUGCAUCCUUCCAAAAUGUUACAUCUUUAUUUAAUUGAUGGGUUUCCUCAAUAUUGCAGUUGAAGUGAUCUUCUGCUAUUUCUGACAUAAUCCUCAAUUGUCCCGCUGAGUACUGUAUAUGAUCUAACUGAGGUUUGAUUCUCUCCUGUUGCUGAAUGUUUUGCUCUUGCUCUUGCUCUUGCUCUGACACAAAUAGAUCUAAAUCGGAACCCAAAUUCUCCCUUAUUUCUUUUCCCUAUUAUUUGGAUGCUAUACUCGUACAGUCGUCCAUGGACAUCUUCAGACAGAUUAAUUGAAUUCAAUUAAUAGAGUUUGUAUGAUGUGUUUCAUACAUGGAUUUUCACCGCUUGAAAUCCCAUAACUUUUUUUUUUUUUUUGUAGUUUUAUGCAACUACAACACACUAGAUUUGACUUCUUGUACGCCAUUUUCUUUCAAAAUUAAUGGGUAAUAAUAAUAAUAAGAUCUCUCAACUAGUGAUUUUCACUAAUUCAUCUUAGAGGGUUAGAAUGUUUAGGAUGUACAUUGAAAGUUAAUGUAUGAUAGAAUUUUAAUGGCUUUAAAUUGAAUAGUAUGAUGAUAAAUAAAAAUUAAUUAAAAAAUGUUUUGAACAAAAAUUGAUUACAAAUUUAUUGAAAAUUACGCUAUAUACAUUAUUGUCUUAAAGGUUGAAAUCGGGUACAUUUUCGUUACU